ACUAUUCCAUUCAACAUUUUACCGGAUUAAUGUAUGGUAGUGCACGUCCGAAAUAAAAAUAUGCACCGCAUAAUUUAUAAUAAAAUCACAGAUAACCCCAGCGUACUAGACAACACAAAACAGCUGUCUUAAAUGUAGUGAUUAUACAGAGUUGCCACAUCCGGCAUAAGGGGAUGGUGGUGAAAAUGCCAAGUUUUUGGAAUAUCGUGAGAUGGCAAGAAUGAUGAGUACAAGACUGCUCAUUCCCGGCGGCGCUGACAUUUGUCAAGUAAAAGUAAACAAAGCCCAAUAGCAGAAUAAAAGAAACUGUCACAGCAGUCAAAAAAUGCUAAUUAGUUUUAUUUCAAAAUACGAGGUUUGUAGUACUUUCAUCCGUUUUUUAAGUCUGGCAACUCUGCUUAAACAGCUGACCGUAUUCGUUUUCGAACAUUCGACAUCAAUUCGAACUGUGGAGAAAAAUCUAGAAAUUCACCUCUGCGAAGUUAUAUAAAGGUGACUGCGCCUGCAGCACGCAACAGUGUUGAAAAAGUGAGCCAAGUGUAAAAGUAGCUGCGGAAUUCUAAUAACAGUGUUUUUUAAACUGCAUACAUACAUACAUAAAUUAAGCGCAAAGUGAACGUGUAAAGUUGGUGUUGUAAGUAAUAUUUCACAUUUACGUGUUGAGUCAUUUAAUAAAAGAGAUUUGGGAUUUAUUAGAGAGUAAGUGUCAAAUAUGGGAAAGUUUGAUGACUUGAAAAAGUCACAGUUAAAAAAGGAAUUGGAGGCACGCAAUUUAAUUACAUAUGGAAAUAAAUCGGUAUUACAGGCUCGGCUACUGAAAGCGAUGGAAGCUAGUGGUGUCGCCAAGGAAGAGUACGAAUUCCCUGCAAUACCAUCUAACAAGUGUGGAGACUCAUCAGUGCCAACAGAUAUGAAUGCCUUAUUAGGUGCGAUUGCGGGAGUACAGGAUAGUUUGAUUCAAAAUACGUCGCAAGUGGAGGAUAUGCAAAAGCGUAUAGAAGAAAGUUUGGUUAAGAAUUCAAAGCAGUUAGAAGAGCGCAUACAAAAAAAUGCAUCCCUUUUGGAGGAACGCAUGCAGAAUAGUUCAUUGCAGAUGGAAGAGCGCACGCGUGCAGAUCUGGCUGUUUUGCGCGAUAGUCUGAUUGAAAACUCGAAGAUAGUGCAGGAAAAAUUGUCGCGAAUCGAAGAAAAUUCGAUAAAACUGCAGGCAAGACAAGAUAAAGUGGAAACCGAGUUUCAGGCGCUUCAACGCGAGGUAAAGAAUGAGCUCCAGACGAUUCAUAAGAAAUUAGAGGCAGAUAUCUCUCGCUUGGACGAGUGUUUUCGCGAACUUCGUUGGAAUGAUUCAGCAUCGUCUAUUGGCACCGCGAAAUUGGAACUUCCAACCUUUGAUGGUACGAUGCCUUUCAAUAUCUUUAAAUUACAAUUUGAAAUGGCGGCAACAAGUUAUAAAUGGAGUGUUGAAGAUAAGUUAGCCGCGCUGAUUGUUGCUCUUAAAGGACCUGCAAUGAUAGUCUUGCAAACUGUUGAAAAAGCGGACAGAGCUGAUUACGAUGCAAUAAUAUCGGCUCUAGAGAAAUACUACGGUAGCGAGCACUGGAGGCGAAUGCAUCAGAUGAAGUUGGUCAGUCGUACGCAGAAAGAUACAGAGACAUUGCAGGAAUACGCAAACGAUAUUGAACGUCUAACACUUUUAGCUCAUUCGGAUAUACCAGUAGAUUACUUGGACCGUGUCAAAAUACAAUCUUUCAUUAAAGGAGUGCGAGAUUUGGAAAUAAAGCGUGCCCUGUAUGCGACACCAAAAUCGACUUUUGUAGAGACAGUGUCUUUUGCUGUAACACAAGAAACGGCUAAAAUUCUAAGCGAUCCGGCAAAAAGCGAAGAUGUAAGGGAGCAAACAACUCUACAACCUACAAUGCUAGAACUCUUGCAAUCCUUGUCUCAGUUGUCUAAAGAAUUGAAAAAUGGCGUCGAAGCUAAAUGCAUUACCUGCGAAAAGUGUGUCACGGAACAAUAGUACAGCUCGCUUCAAUCAGAGUUCAGGCGAAGGGAUAAUAAUAAUAUUAAUAAUAGAUUGGCGCUUACACAUAUGUUAGUGUUUGGCCGAGCUUCAUAAUACCAUAUUAAUAUGUAUAAUCUAUUCCCUCGUUAUAAGACAAAAAGUUGUAGAACUGGUUUACCAACAAAAUCAAUACCGUUAAACAGCAGCAACACCAAAUUGCUUGCUUUUUCAAUCUAUUUUCUUCCCCGGGUUAUGCAUCCUAUCUAGAGUCGUGCGCUCCCUAGGUACGGCAAUAUAAUAGUUGCGUUUCAGAUGCUUCACGAUUUGCAGGUUUUACAGGAUUUGCAGGAACAGCUGUUUUCUUCAAUAAUAAACCUUAUGGAAGGUGGUCACCUGGAACGGCUUCCUGUAAAAACCUGCAAAUCAGAAUCAGAAAACAAUCUGCAUUAGUUGUGACAUCGAACGACUUCGUCAGCUUGUUUACUUUUUAACAGCUGAGAUCAUAUCAUAGCCAGGGCUGCCAGACCUUUAGAAUCUGAAAUUCGUACGCGGGAAAAAUUUGUCAAAUUUGACAAGCAAAAAGGAAUAUACCUAUGUAGAUAAACACAGACAAUCCUACUUCUAAUAACAUCAAAUAUAUCGACACAUUUUUCUACUAGACCUAUUUAUUUUUAACUUUACAAAGUUAUUGUUUUUCUGACUAGACCUUUUUAACUAUUUAUUAUAUUUAAAUUUAAGUUACUGUACCACUGCUAUAAAAAAAUAAAAAGUAUUAAAUUCAAUACAAAACCACCAUAAAAAUACUUAAUUUUUUAUUUCCUUGAAGUCAUAAAUAACUAGGGUAAGUAUACAAAUGUAAAAAAAAAAACAGUUUCGUUAAUGUUAAUACAUUUAAUUUACGUGUACGUUUUUUUAAGUCUCAACAAAGAAAGACGUUGUGCAAGUGUGCAAAGUAUACAAUUAGAAGUAAAAUGUGUAUUAGUAAUUCCAUGUGGAUU